UACACCGAGAAAUUUACGCAGCUGAACAGGGGGAAUUUGAGAGGGAGAGAUUGGGAGGAAGUGGCUGCAACUGUGAGUGAAAGGUGCGAAAAGCAGAGCAAGAGCGUUGAGCAGUGUAAGAAUAAAGUGGACAACUUAAAAAAGAGGUAUAAGUUGGAGAGGCAUAGGAUGAGUAACGGUGGCAUUUCGAUCAGCCACUGGCCUUGGUUUAAGCAGAUGGAGCAAAUUGUUGGAAAUUCUUUGACGAUGAAGGUCGUGUCCGAUGAGGAUCGGAGUGUUGGCUCCUCGGGGAAUACGCCGAGGCUAUCAAAGAGGUAUGUUCUUCCCACACCCAAUACUGCUGGUCACAUGAAUAACAUAAAACCCAAAUCAGUUUCCAGUCCAAGGUGGAGAAGAAUUGUCUUUAAAAUUAGUGGUGCAGCUCUUGCAGGGGCUGGUCCUAACAACGUCGACUCAAAGGUUGCAAUGGCAAUUGCCAGGGAAGUCGCCAUGGCUUGUCGCCUGGGUGUGGAGGUGGCAAUUGUUGUUGGAGGCCGUAACUUCUUCUGUGGAAAUUCUUGGGUGACUACAACGGGUUUAGAUAGAUGUACAGCAUACCAAAUUGGUAUGAUGGCUACUGUGAUGAAUUCAAUACUUCUCCAGUCAGCAUUAGAGAAGAUGGGCGUUCAGACUCGUGUACAAUCUGCAUUUAUGCUUCAUGAGGUUGCUGAACCAUACAAUAGACAACGUGCUAUAAGGCAUCUUGAGAAAGGCAGAGUAGUUAUAUUUGGUGGAAUUGGUGCUGGCGCUGGAAAUCCCCUGUUUUCCACAGAUACAGCUGCGGCUCUUCGAGCUUCUGAGAUUCAAGCUGAGGCAGUUCUCAAGGGCACCAAUGUUGAUGGGGUGUAUGAUUGCAAUUCCCAAGACAACAAUUUUACAUUCAAGCACAUCUCUUUCAGGGAGUUGGUAUCAAGAGGUGCCACUACCAUGGACAUGGCCGCACUAACUUUCUGUGAAGAGAACAACAUUCCCGUUGUCGUCUUUAAUCUUCUUGAGCCUGGAAAUAUCUCAAAAGCAUUAUGCGGAGAGCAAGUUGGUACACUGAUUGAUCAAAAUGGAAGAAUUAGCUAAUGUUUCGUGAUGUUGAGAAAUAUUUAGUAUUAGGUAUGUUGUGUCAAGUCAGUAGAGUAUUGUUCAGUUGGCUCUUUCAAGAAAUGGUAGCUGCCUCCUUUAAGCUUCUGGGUUCAUCCCGGAAGCGUUUACUAUGUUACUUGCUCAGUAACUCUGUGUGAAAGUAGAGUAGAUUCUGAUUACUGAUUUGAAGAUCUGAUUCUUGGUGUGGUGCCAAAAUUUCUUCUGCAUUUGCCUUUGUAUUUGUAUUUGUAUUUGUAUGUAUAUUAUUAUUGAUUCAGUAUAAGGGUAGGUUAAGCAAAUUGAUAAGGAUGACAGAUUGAUUGGUGUUCAUGUUAUCUUUUAUUCAGAAAAGAGUAUAAUUUACUUGUCAUGUAAUGUAUUUAAAGUGUUUGUAAGUUGAAUGCCAA